AGGUUAAAGCGAACCCAACCUCCGUGUCCCUGCAUCCCUUCCGUAGCGUGCACAAAUCUGCUGUUAUCGCACGUUCACUUUGACGUGUUGGGAGGACUCUGGCAGAAAGCCGGUUUAAACAAAAAUAUUGAUGCCAACAUGGACCCCUGUCAACCGCAACUGAUCGAUGACUGCCUUAUUCAUAUUUUUACGUUUCUGACCGAAGAAGAUUUAAUCAACGCUUCCAGUGUGUGUAAGGAUUGGAAUGACGCUGCAGAGACUCCUUGGUUAUGGAGGAAGCUGUGUCUGCAACGCUGGGGAUUCUGUAACCUCGCCGUCUUGGGGAGUGAACAUGCCAAUCACUCGUGGAAGAGAUACUUCCUGCGACGAUCCCACUUGGAGAAGAACAUGACGAAAGGUCGGACAGGAGGCUACACCUGCAAAAGCCUCAGGGGGCACACAGGCCGGGUUGAGGGGUUUGUGUACCUGCAGGUGAAUUCAAGCCAGCUUCCAGACCUGUGGAGCAACAAUGCCACGGUCUGCAGUGUGUCUUCUGAUGGGACAGUCCGAGCAUGGAACAUCCAAAAAGGUGAGCCUCUGUGGUGCAGUCCUGUGCAGAAUCCUUUGACGGGGAUUUUAAGUGAUGAACGUCGUGAAGUUGUGAUCACAACAGAUUCUCAGGGCCUCAUUAAGACCUGGCGAGGCCAGACUGGCCAGGAAUUGGCCUCCUUUCCUACUGCAUCUUCACACUGUACACUACUGCAAUACAACAUAAACAAUGAUUGGUUUCUAACUGUUGGAACCGGUCAGGGGUCUGUGUGUACACUAGCAGAUUGUUCUCUGACUAAAAAGUCCAGUAUUGUGGUGUAUGACACCUUUAAAGUCAACAUACUUCUAGUUUCACCUGACAAGAAAUGGAUCACAGCUGGAACUACGGAGAAUAAUGAUUUAUGCCCAAAGGUAUUUUACAGUGAGAGUUUGACUGCUCCCUCUGAGGAUGAAGAUCCCCUUUGCCAGUCUGUGCCAGUCACUGGGUGUCAGGCUGCUGUCUUUAUACCUACCCAGCCUGCCAGACUGGCCGUCCUUCACCACGAGCUCCAACACAGCAGAGCCAUCACGGUCUUUGACGUCAUCAUGAAAAAGACUAAGUACAAGUCAGAGAUCCAAGUCCAGCAGGUAGAGUCCUUCCCCUUGACAGUGAACACCUGGUACUCAAACAUCCUUCUAGCAGCCAAGGACAGCAAUCACAUAGUGCUGGCAGCUGGUGAACAACUAUGGGUGUACUCACUGAAAGGAGCCAUGCUCGCCAACUUUAAAGAGCAUACUCAGCCAAUCUCUUCCAUCUGCGUGGACAGCUUUCGUGUGGUGACAGCAUCCCAGGACCUCUCCUUACGAGUGCUGACAUGGAGAGAUGACAGAGACCAUGGGCUGACACUGGAGAGCCGAUACCACUUACUGGGAGGCUCUCACACAAUGUCCAGAGGGUUUACUCACGUCGCCUGUGACUACUCCAGCAUUGUGGCCUCAGUAGCAGGGAACAAUGGAAAAGACGUCUUAAAGGCUUACUCCUUCAACACCUGAGCAUCACAGCCCAACAAAAGUGCCUGCGUUCAGUUUGCACCACUCACCAGAAGAUUCAAGAUCUCAUCUUUAAUACUAACUGUUAUUAAUUCUAUAAUACACAUUUUCUUUGGGAACACUAUGUUUACAGUUAAGGAUCCUUAUGGUACUUACGUGAAAGGCAUCAGCAGAGUGUGAACAUGUUUGUUGUGAGAAGUCUGUAAGGGUUUGAUCACUGUGCUUUCAGAGCUGAGGUAUGAGGUGACCAAGCCCAAGGCCUAAUGUACUGGAAAAAGAAUUCUUUUCAUCUGGUUUUAUUUGGAAUCUACUGAGGCAGGUUAACAUACAAAUGUUUAUGUUACACAUUA